AUGGAUAUCAAAGAUCAAGACCAUAAUAACGAAAGAGUUUCGGUUGAAGCUCAAUCUAAUGGUCAGGCACAAGAACCUGACCAGCAACAGCAAGACCAGCAACACAGAUAUGAUAUGACGGCGUAUACAAGCUUGGCUACUCCUAACCAAACUGUAGUAGUCGAUCCGGCUCUUCAAUCUGAUCAUACGAAAUCAUCUGGUUCUUAUGGUGUUAAUUAUCAACCGUAUGGCUUGAUCAUGAGUCCAAGCCCUUAUGUUCUUGGAACUUCCAGCACCCCCCCUGCAGCAACACCAGGAAUGGAUGAACAGGAAGAACCUCUUUAUGUGAAUGCUAAACAGUAUCACAGAAUUUUGAAACGUCGAGCUGCUAGAGCAAAACUUGAGGCUGAAAAUAAGAUACAUAGAGGAAGAAAGAAAUACCUUCAUGAAUCUCGUCAUAAGCACGCCAUGCGACGACCUCGUGGACCAGGUGGUCGCUUUCUUACCGCUGCUGAAAUUGCUGAACUAGACCGGAAGAAGGAAGAAUCAUCUCCUCAACCACAAGUUUCUCAGCAAAAUGGUUCUGGAUCGGAUACCCUGAAUCUAAUAGUAGAGAAUGGCAUCAGCAAGAAAUCCGCAAAUGAUAAAUAA